AUCUCUGGUGGUUUGUGAUGUUGCUGAAGACCUGGUGGAGAAACUGAGAAAAUUCCGGUUUCGUAAAGAAACCAACAAUGCUGCCAUUAUAAUGAAAAUCGACAAGGAUAAGCAGUUGGUGGUACUGGAUGAGGAGCAUGAGGGUAUUUCUCCUGAUGAGCUAAAAGAUGAGCUGCCUGAGAGACAACCUCGAUUUAUUGUCUAUAGUUACAAGUAUCAGCAUGAUGAUGGAAGAGUUUCUUAUCCGUUGUGCUUCAUCUUCUCCAGUCCAGUUGGAUGUAAGCCUGAACAGCAGAUGAUGUAUGCUGGAAGCAAGAAUAAGCUUGUACAGACAGCUGAACUCACUAAGGUAUUUGAAAUAAGAAAUACAGAAGACCUAACUGAAGAAUGGCUGCGUGAGAAACUGGGCUUCUUCCAUUAAGAAAACCUCUGUAAUAAGUAUUUAUGUACCAUCCUGAUAAUACUGGAACCAGACAUGAGUACUUACAUCUAAAAAAAUGCACUGUAUUUACAUCUGUCUCCUGCAGUAUAUCUCUUGUGCAAAGUUUGUGCAAAGAAUAGCAGGUCUGUCUCCUUGAAGUAACAAAUCUUUGCAGGUGUUUCCUUAUUUGUACCUGUUAAAAGGGAAUACUCCUCUGCAGGGACUCCUUUUGCACUCUUGUGACUAAUAUUUCUAUAACUAAAAUAGUUCAGUUCUGGAUUCAUAAAUAUCUACAAACAUAAUUUGGAAGCUGACGCUAACUUUUUCUGAGCUACAAAUGCAUCCUUAUGACAUAUACUAGCCAUUUAUAUGCAGAAAUUGUGUACUGUCAGUUACUUUUCAGACUUUUUGACUUCAUGUCUUCUCAAUUUUGAAAACUACUCCCUGGAAGCAUUUAGUAUUAAAAAGACAAAAUCCUUGUACAGCAAAUCCAUUCAUUUAUCUUUCCAUCGAGUCCAUGUGAUCUUUCUCAAAUCUUUGCAACUAAUUUUUGUCAUUCCAGUAAUUCCUCAGUUGACCUGAGUCAAUCUUACUAAAUUUCAGGGAAAAGCUUUGACUGUCCAGUUCUCGUGCUACUAUAGUCUUACAGGAGCUAGAUGAUAACUAAGGGCUGAAUUACAACUCUGGUUACUCUCAUACCAGGUAUCUUGCAUAUAUAACUUAUUACACUGUUAAGAAGUUUACCUCUUUGCUCAUUUCCUCUUAUAUGAACACCUGUUAAUACUGUGUGCCUUUAAUUUGUUAGCUUUAAAAUGACUUGAGAAUUUUACACUGCCGCUUAUUACAAAUUUGGUAAAAACUUUGUUAAAGAAUCAAAGCAACAUGUUUUCCUAGUGCCUAGUGUUGCAGUUGACAUUUGUUAAAAAAAAAAAGCUAACCUCAUUUUCUUUGAAAUUCCAGUCAUCUACUCCAUUUGUAGGAGUCAGGAGGUUAAAGCUUUUCGUGAUAAUGAAUGAUUUCUAUCUCUUUUGUUAUAAAAGUUGGCCACACAUAGCUUUUGAGUACUUUAAUUACAGUCUCUAACUUUCUUAACUGCUUGUUGAUCAAAAUUACAUUCCAGAUGAAGCUUUUGCAUAAGUGAUAAUUUGAUUUUAAUUUACUUACGGUUCAUCUCUUUGAAACAGCAAUUAUUCUAAUGUGAAAAUAGUAUUUAACUUUUAUAAAUGACCAGUCUUUUUACAGGUCUGUUUUAUAUUCAGUAGAGUAGUUGUCUGAUAUGGGACAUGUUCAGCCCAUGCAGUGGCAAAAGGAGUACUCAUGGGACAGUAUCUCACUAGCUUGCUCAUGAGUGUUUGUUGUGCUACUGAGUAAGUAUCUGCGUAAGAGCAGCUUCCUGUUGAUAGCAUACCUUAAAAUACAGCUGCUCUAACCAAUCUGCUCAGUGAGAAGGAAUGCAGUGUUAAAUUUGGAGGCCAGUAUUUCAUGCUGUGAAACCUUUGCUGAAAGAAGGUUUAUUUUUUGUUUGUAAGCAUAUGUUAGUGUUUAAAACACUAAUUCCUCUAAGAUCACAAGGAAUUCAUUUGCAAAGGUCCUCAGUGUUGGUAAAUCUCUUCUUAGUUUGAUGUUACUGCUCAUUUAUUUGUAUACAAAUCUGACUUGAGAGGAGCUUUUCAAAAUACACGGUAGAAUGAUCCAAUUAAAUUGAUCUUUCAGUGCAGGAAGGAAAUGCUUGUAAUUAAAAUUAAAUUUCUGUGUUAACAUAGUGAACUGGAAAAACCAUUUAAUUUCCCUGGACAAAAAAAUGUUGAUUCUGAAACUGUUGCUUGGUCAUUCUGUACUACAGAUCAAUAAAAACAAUGUAUUUUGUGA